AUGUCCAUUAAUAAUAACAGUUCCGACUCGUACGAGACCAGAAUGGUUUGGAUUACUGUUUUUAUUAGUCUGUUCUCCACUGUUGUGAAUGCAGUAAACAGAGAUACGUUUAAAACAUGUGAACAAAGCAGCUUUUGCAGACGCUGCAGAAAAGUUGAACCUGGGAAGACACCGUACCAGCUUUUAAUAGAUACAUUCAAUUUCAAUGAAUCUACUGUGAAUGUAGACUUGUUUAAUAAGGAUACAGGUGUUCUCUAUGUACUGAAGCUAACUGCCUUAAAGGACAAUACAUUCAGACUUCGUAUCAAUGAAAAGAAUCCAUUGCAUCCUAGAUACGAGCCUGAACAUGCCCUUCAAGAUCAACCUCAGACAGCUGAAUUGACUUUGGUUGAAAGAACUGUGGAUCAUGUAAUCGUAAAGAAUGGAGAGAAUAAAGUUAUAUUAUAUGCUUCGCCGUUUAGAGUGGACCUGUAUUCUCAAGAUGUAUUAGUUGUGUCUGCUAAUGCUAGAGGUCUUAUGAGAUUCGAGCAUCACCGCACAAAGCCUAACAAACCAGAGCAAGAAGAGAAUGCAGAAAAUGUUGAAAUAGCGAACAAUACUCAUUUUCCGGGCGAUGGAGCUGAAACUGAUCCAGGUGCAUGGGAAGAGAACUUCAAAACGCAUCAUGACUCAAAGCCUUUCGGUCCAGAAGCAAUAGCACUGGACUUUAGUUUUCCUGGAUCAGAGCAUGCGUAUGGAAUACCAGAACAUGCUGAUUCUUUUGCUUUGAAAUCAACGAAACAAGCUCAUCCAUACAGAUUGUACAACUUAGAUGUAUUUGAAUAUGAAAUCAAUGAAAGAAUGUCGAUCUAUGGAGCCAUACCGGUUCUCUAUGCUCAUGGCAAAGAGAGGACUACCGGCGUUUUCUGGCAUAAUACCGCGGAAACAUGGAUUGACAUUUUGUCAAGUGCUGAUAAUAAUGUCGUAGAAAGUAUUGUAAACUUUGUAUCAGGUUCCACUAAAAAGUCGCAGGUUGAUGCACAUUUCAUGUCUGAGUCCGGUAUCAUUGAUGUAUUUUUUAUGUUGGGUCCUAAACCUUUGGAUGUAUUUAAACAGUACACCACUUUAACGGGCACAGCGCCAUUGCCACAAAUAUUUACUCUAGGAUACCAUCAAUGUCGUUGGAAUUACAAUGACCAGGAUGAUGUCAUACAAAUAGCAGAAACCUUUGAUGUACAUGAUAUACCUCUGGACGCUAUGUGGCUGGAUAUUGAAUACACCGAUAGUAAAAAGUACUUCACCUGGGAUGGACGCAAGUUCCCAAAUCCCAUUGAAAUGAUACACAACUUGACGGCGAAGGGUAGAAAAUUAAUUGUUAUCAUCGAUCCACAUAUCAAACGUGAUUCAGGUUAUUUCGUUCACAACGACGCUACCAAAUUGGGAUACUACGUUAAAACAAGAGAUGGAAAAGAUUAUGAAGGUUGGUGUUGGCCAGGUUCGUCGUCGUACUUGGACUUCUUCGAUCCAAAAAUACGGGAAUAUGUUAUACAGCAGUAUAGCUUAGAUAAAUUCCAUGGCACUACUAAUGAUGUGUACAUUUGGAAUGACAUGAAUGAGCCAAGCGUGUUUAAUGGUCCUGAAGUUACUAUGCCUAAGGAUCUCAUCCACCACGGUGGAUGGGAGCACAGAAGUAUCCACAACAUCAAUGGACUUCUUGUACAUAUGGCCACAUACGAAGCUUUGUUCAGACGUUCGGGAGGUUCUCUACGGCCUUUUAUAUUAACGAGAUCCUUUUUUGCCGGAUCACAACGUUAUGCGGCCAUGUGGACCGGCGACAAUACGGGGGAAUGGGACCAUCUUCGGAUAAGCUAUCCAAUGUGUCUUAGCAUGGCUGUCUCUGGAAUGUCAUUUUGUGGUGCAGAUGUCGGAGGUUUCUUUAAGACACCAGACAGUGAACUUUUUAUCAGAUGGAACCAGGCUGGAGCUUGGCUUCCGUUUUUCCGCCAGCAUUCUCAUAUUGAGACUAAGCGUCGUGAACCUUGGACAUUCAAUGAAGAAACUACGCAAAUCGUCAGAGAGGCAUUCAGAAUGAGAUACUCGUACUUACCACUAUGGUACACUGUCUUCCGAGAGCAUGAAGUAAAUGGUACCCCAAUCAUACGACCAUUGUGGGCUCAUUAUCCUAGCGAGACAGAAACAUAUACCAUCGAUGAUACAUUGCUAGUUGGUGAUUCUAUACUUGUACGUCCAGUCUUUCAACCAUCCGUGACCGAUGUUAACGUAUACUUUCCCGGAGAGGGCAAGGUAACUUGGUACGAUGUCGAUACCAUGCAACCUUAUCGUCAGUCAGGUUUGGUUAAUGUCCCUGUGACCCUUCAUAAAAUUCCGGUAUUCCAAAGAAGUGGUACUAUCGUUCCACGCAAGAUGAGAAUACGUCGUAGCACGGUCCCAAUGAAAAAUGAUCCAUACACUUUGGUAGUCAUCGCAGAUUCUACCGGCAAAGCAAAUGGUACAUUGUAUAUUGAUGACGAAGCUAGCUUCGAAUAUCGCCAUGGAAAAUAUUUGUAUUUGAAAUUCAACUUGGAAGGAAAUAAAUUAACUUCAACAUUCAUAGAUAAAUUAGCUUCAUAUCAGACAGAAAGUUGGUUAGAGAGGGUAGACAUAGCAAAUCCACCUCAGGGAGUCACAUCUGCUGUGUUAACAUCACGCAGCUUGGGAAAAGUUACUUUGGAGGCCAAGUACAAUCCAAAUAAUAACAUAUUAACCGUGCGUAAACCAGGUGUAAAUAUGGGAGAAGAAUGGACUAUUGAAUUGAUUCACUAGAAUCACAGUUUUAUUCAUC